UGCAAUGCUUUCUCUUCAUUUUCUUUCUGCAGGUUUUGAGGUGAUUAAAGUGGAGGCCACAGAUGCUGAUGAGCCAAAUACUGACAACUCAGAGAUUCGCUAUAGCAUUAUAAGCCAGGAACCAGCGGAACCCUCCAUGUUUACCAUCGACCCAGUUUCUGGAGCCAUCACUCUUAGUACUGAUGGACUGAAUAGAGAGAAACAGCCUCAGUACACUCUGCUGGUCAAAGCAGAAGACUCUGCUGGCAAAGGCAGCACUGCUUUAUUUGAGCAAGUUAAAGUAACUCUGACCGUGACAACAAACUCUGCGUCCAUGUCUCAGGCUUAGAGCUAUAUGGCUAUAUGAUGAGCUUUUCUGCUGUGGAGGAGACCUGACGUCAAAACUUGUGUUUGUGUGAAAAGUGUUUAAAGGAAUCUUUGCUUCUCUCUGUUUAUUCUUAGCUGAACUAUCUUUCAGUUAUCUUCACAUGUUUUCACUUCCCUGAAGAUGAAAUAAGAAUGUGAUUUUUCUGCAGCUGUUAAUAUCGGGUCAAGGUUUAUAGCUUAAAGUUGCUUCUAUUUGUUCCUCUACAUUUUCUACAUGAAAUGACUACAAUAACAGGAACUACAUGGUGACGUACCUGUAUGAUUUAUAGGGUCCUCCAUUAAUUUGUCAUGAAAUAAUACAGUGUGAUAUGCAAUCUGAUCCAUUUAUGACUCUAAUAAACUUUUGAAUGUUCUUUAAGAACUUUUCCAGGAACAUUCAGUAAAUGUACAUUUAGAAUGCUUAAUGUUGCCUUGUUGUUAUAAGACAUCUAAUAUUUGCCUUUCUCCCGUCUUUAAGAUUUAUAUGUUGGUGAUUAGCAUUACGCAUCAUGAGGGGUCAAUGUAAGCAUAGACAUGUUCAAUAAACUGGAAUAUUAUUGAA